AUGUCUAAAAAGAGUGAUAGUCAAAAGCGGGGAGUUUCUCCAGCAAAUCAACUCGCGGAAAUAAACUGCGAUAUAUGCAGAAUGCCAGACGAUAGUCGGAUGGUAGCGUGUGAUCUGUGCGGAAAGUGGUACCAUUUUGUGUGUGUCGGUGUGGACUCAAGUGUUCAGGACCGUGAUUGGAGCUGCGAGAAUUGCACCGGAAUCGGAGCGGCAGCUCAAGUCCCAGCCGGAACUUCAACACCAGCCGCCACGGGAGGUAAACCAAAAUCCGGAAGCACGAAGACACACGAUGUUGUUCCGGUUGACAGUCUUCAACGGCAGCUAGCAGAGAUGCUGAAGAAAAUGGAAAGGCAGCAAAAGGAAUUCGAACGGGUUAUAAAGGAAAAAGAUGAUCAACGUCGAGACGCUCUCAGGGAACAACGAGAUAAAUACGAACGAGAGCUACAGGUUUCUGAUCGACGAGUACGUCAACAGCCUGUGACAGCAGCACUUGGUGGUGUACCAACUGCGAAUUCAACGAGUAAUCCCCUCCCGUCAGUUCAUGUCAGCGGUAUCAGCCAAGCAGAUGUUCUGGUUCAAGAACUGCAGUUACUAGAGGAGAAGCAAGCGCUAGAACGAAGACAUUUGGAAGAGAAGGGUCGACUAUUGAAGCGAUUUGGAGCGUUCGACGGAGGUGCAGCCGAAGGUGCUUCCGGACUCAACCCUCAGGCGAGUGCAGUUCAACCACCUAAUAGUAGUUCGUUCGGAGUUUCUCUGUUAAACCAGAGCCAAGUGUCAGCGCGCCAAGUUGUCAGUAAGGAGCUUCCAAACUUCUCGGGGAGUCCUGAAGAAUGGCCACUCUUCUUCGCAAGUUACGAGAACUCAACCCGAAUCUGCGGUUACAGUGACGAGGAGAACCUUCUACGCCUCCAGCGAAGCCUGAAAGGGAGAGCAUUGGAUGCGGUGCGCUGUCGACUGCUGCAUCCGUCAAACCUAGCAGGCGUCAUCGCUACAUUGAGGACACUAUUCGGAAGACCGGAAAUCAUUGUCCACUCGCUAGUUGCCAAAAUCCGUGAUAUGCCUGCACCGAAAGCAGAAAAGCUGAGCACGUUGAUUGAUUUUGGAGUCGCUGUUCAAAAUGUCUGUGCCACUAUUACGGCGUCGGGUCUUGAUGAAUACCUUUGUAAUGUAGCGCUUCUACAGGAGCUAACGGAGAAAUUGCCACCUACCGUCAGGCUCAAUUGGGCAUAUCAUCGUCAAACGCUGGCCAGCGUUACCUUGUCGGACUUUGGUGAUUGGCUAGGAAAGUUGGUGGAAGCCGCCAGUGUUGUUACCAUUCCAUCCAUUGGCGUCUCGAAACCGGAGAAACACGGUCGCAGGGAAAAUAAUUACCUCAACGUUCAUUCGGACAGUACCAGUGAAGAACUCAUCCCGAAGAAUCGCUCUGUGGCUGCUUCGAAAAGUUGUACAGUGUGCUUAGGAGAAUGCAGCGGCCCUGAAUCGUGUCGUAAAUUCCUGAACAUGAAUAUCGGAGAUCGAUGGACAGUAGUCAAGGCGAAGAAGCUGUGCCGAAAAUGUCUACAAAAGCAUUUCGGCGCCUGCCAUGUUAAAACGCCGUGUGGAAAGGAUGGUUGUUCGUUCAUGCAUAGCAAGUUGCUACAUGACGACAAACGGUACAAACCCGCAGUGUCCGAGAUGCCAGCUUCGUCGAGUGAAGGUUUGACAACGCAGAGUUGCAAUACUCAUUCGAAUACGGCCGGUAAGAUACUUUUUCGCUACGUGCCCGUGACCAUUUUCGGAAAGGGAAAGACAGUGAAUACUUUUGCCUUCCUCGACGAUGGAUCGUCGGCCACCUUCGUGGAGCACAGUCUAGUGGAAGAAUUGGGCCUCGAAGGGAUACCCCAUCCAUUAUGCCUCAAUUGGACGGGUGGACAGCAAAGGGAAGAGAAUGAAUCGGUCAGAUUAGCGCUGAAGAUAUCGGGAACAUUCGAUUCAAGCAAGGUCUACGAACUCUCGAAGGUUCACACGGUACGCAACCUUUCUCUACCGAAGCAGUCGGUCUCAGUGGAACAAUUGGCAUCCAAAUACAAAUAUCUGCGAGGACUGCCACUAGACUCGUACACUGACGUAUCUCCCAGGAUCCUGAUAGGAAUGGACAAUUGCCGCCUUGGUAACGUACUGCGGAGUUCCGAAGGAGCCGAAAACGAACCUGUAGCAUCCAGAACCCGUCUUGGAUGGCUUGUGUACGGACCUUGUACGACGAUGUCAACAAACACGACCUAUAGCGGCUGCCAUAGUUUUCACAUUUGUCCGUGCAAUACUGAAAUAGAUAGAAGCUUGGACGGUGCUUUGAAGGAAUAUUUCUCAAUUGAGUCUUUGGGAAUAUCCGGAUCGUUUAAGCCGCUGCUCUCGAAGGACGAAGAGCGAGCGAUGAAAAUCUUAUCCACAGAAACGCAUCUGAAUGAAAACCGCUAUGAGACUGCACUGUUGUGGCGCUACGACAAUGUGCGGUUGCCUGAUAGCCGAGCAAUGGCAUUGAAGCGUCUAGCGUGCUUGGAAAAAAGGAUGAAACGGGACCCCGAGCUAGCUGUAGCGAUGAACACCAGGCUGAAGGAGUAUGAAGAAAAAGGGUAUAUUCGAAGACUUUCAGCGGUCGAGCAAGCGGACAGGCGUCCCAACGAUUGGUACUUACCGGUAUUCCCGGUUAUCAACCCGAACAAGCCCGGGAAGAUACGGAUGGUGUUUGACGCAGCCGCGAAAGUGAACGGCGUGUCCCUCAACUCAGUACUUCUUACGGGACCGGAUCAACUGGUAUCGCUACUUACGGUUUUGUUUAAAUUCCGUGAAUUUCGUUUUGCUGUAGUUGGGGACAUACGCGAAAUGUUUUUUCAAGUGCGGAUGAGGGUGCAAGACCAGCGCAGCCAGAUGAUUUUGUGGAACAGUGGGAACCCCAAUGAAGACCCCGUGACAUAUGUAGUCAGCGUCAUGACGUUUGGGGCGGCAUGCUCCCCAAGCUGCGCACACUAUGUGAAGAACCUGAAUGCAGACAGAUUCGUGGAACGGUUUCCCCGAGCGGUUGAGAGCAUCAAAUACGAGCAUUAUGUAGACGAUAUGCUGUGCAGUGUGGAAACCGAGGAGGAAGCCGUACAGCUGGCCAGGGACGUACGUUUUGUUCAUUCGCAAGCGGGUUUCGAAAUCCGGAACUGGUUGUCAAAUUCCAGCAAGGUUACGGCAUCGCUACAGGAAGAUACCACGACGGAGAAAAAUAUCAACCCGUGUACAGAGAUGGCAACGGAGAAAGUGCUUGGAAUGUGGUGGGAUACUGCCAGCGACACGUUUACGUUCAGAUUAUCCCCCAAGCACGAUGCGAAACUGUUAUCCGGGGCCAGGAUGCCCACGAAACGGGAGGUACUCAGAACGCUAAUGGCGAUAUACGAUCCGAUAGGACUAAUCGGAAAUUUCCUAAUGUAUUUGAAAAUCCUUCUGCAGGAAAUUUGGCGCUCUGGAUGCGCCUGGGACGAUGAGAUUGCAGGGAGUUUAGCUGAGAAAUGGUUGACCUGGAUCGCAGUGCUACCUGAUGUACGGAACGUGCGUGUUCCCCGAUGCUACCGAGUCAUCACGUCCGCUAAUACCACGAACGUUCAGCUGCAUAUCUUUUGCGACGCAAGCGAAAACGGAAUCGCCGCCGUUGCAUACUUUAGAUUCGAGGAGAAUGGUGUGAUAGAAUGUGCGAUGAUAGGAUCGAAGACGAGAGUUGCGCCGCUGAAAUUCCUGUCGAUUCCGCGGUUAGAGCUACAGGCUGCUGUAAUUGGAGCCCGGCUGGCCGGUAGCAUUGCUGGCUCGCACCGAAUUAAAAUCUCACAACAGAUAUUCUGGACAGACUCCCGGGAUGUGGUAUGCUGGAUACGCUCCGACCACCGUCGCUUUAGUCCGUUCGUGGCAUUUAGGGUGAGUGAGCUGCUGGAAACUACCAGAGUAAACGACUGGCGAUGGGUACCCACCAGAUUAAAUGUAGCUGACGACGGAACGAAGUGGCAGAGGUUGCCGGACUUACGACCCACAAGUCGCUGGUUCUGCGGGCCAGACUUUCUACGAAAACCAGAAAACGAAUGGCCAGGAGAAGGUUGUGACCCAGGGACGACUGUAGAAGAGAUGCGUUCAAGCGUUCUUCAUCACAUGGUGGCAAAACCGUUAAUAGAUUUCGUACGUUUCUCCAAAUGGAAGCGCUUACUGAGGGCGGUAGCAUACGUCGUUCGAUUUGCCGCGAACCUUCUUAAUCGUCGUAACCGAAUACCUACUAAACUAGGACCGCUCGAGAAGGACGAGCUUAAUCGUGCAGAGCAAAUCAUCUACCGAGAAGUCCAGCGACAAGUGUACCCUGACGAAGUUCGGCUUCUAAGCAACGUACCUUCGGACAAACCAUCCUGGCAAUACAAUGUUCCAAAGACCAGUCCGCUACACGAGUUUAGCCCGGCCGUCGACGAGCACGGCGUUCUACGAAUGCGGGGAAGAAUCGAUGCAUGUGAGUGGGUGGACGAGAGUGUUAAGCACCCCAUCCUGCUCCCGAAACAACACUUUGUGACCGAUUUGAUAAUCGCCAGCUACCACGAAACGUACCGUCACCGAAACCAUCAGACAGUGUUGAACGAAUUUAGGCUCAAGUACUGUGUUCCUCGGUUGCGGUCAGAGUACAAUCGUGUACGCAGAAACUGCCAGUAUUGCAAGAUACACCGAGCGGACCCGGAGCCCCCUGCCAUGGGAAAUCUGCCUCCUACACGCCUGGCGGCUUAUCAGAGACCGUUUUCAUAUUCCGGGAUAGAUUAUUUUGGCCCCAUGUUGGUAUUAGUCGGCAAACGAGUUGAAAAACGAUGGGGUGUCUUACUCACCUGCCUGACGACUAGAGGAGUCCACAUUGAACUCGCCCACUCGCUUUCGACGGAUUCCUGUAUCCUUGCUUUGCGCAAUUUUAUUGCGAGAAGAGGAACACCUCUCGAGAUCAUUAGCGACCGAGGCACCAAUUUUGUUGGGGCUUCACGAGAGUUACGAGAAGCUUUGAAAACCGUGGACGAGGAGAAAUUGAUGACCAGCUUCACUGGGGCAAACACCAAGUGGAUCUUCAACCCGCCAGCCGCUCCCCAUUUCGGAGGUUGCUGGGAGAGGCUAGUGCAGUCGUUUAAAAAGGUUAUGAAGGAGUUCAAGCCACCACGUCUACCAUCCGACGAGAUCCUCAGAUCAAUGCUUAUAGAGAUCGAGAUGAUCAUUAACUCUAGACCGCUAACACAUGUAUCACUAGACACCGAAACUGAGCCCCCCUUAACACCUAACCACUUCUUGUUAGGGUGUUCGAAUGGAAGCAAGCCCCCGAUCGCAUUCGACGACCGACCCAUGGUGCUGAAGCAGUCGUGGAAGAUGUCCCAGCUGUAUGCUGACGUAUUCUGGAAGAAAUGGGUGGCUGAAUACUUGCCCACCCUGACCAAGAGGACAAAAUGGUUUCAACCUGCAAAACCGAUAGAGGAAGGUCAACUGGCUUUGAUUGUGGACAACGGACUCCCAAGGAACUGCUGGCCGCGGGGCCGCAUCGUGAAUGUCGUCCGCUCUAGCGAUGGGCAAGUACGACGAGUUACAGUGCAAACUGCAAGCGGAUUGCUGGAGAGACCGGCUGUCAAGAUUGCCAUCCUGGACGUCGAUCCAAUGGAGAAUAAGCCGUUGCAACUCCAACAGCGUACUCGGGGGGAGUGUCACACACCUGCGGCGAGUGCCGAUACUCCGCCGACUGGCAACCGUGACCGACCGAACGUCAUCUGCAUGUCAUCCUCUGAUCUGGACGAUUGA